AAAUUAAUAAUAUUCCUUAGACGACUUUUUUUAUUUUUUUUAUUUUUAUAGUGUUCAAAAUGCAAUAUCAAGAAUCAAAUUCAUCUAGGGGGAAUCACCGAACCACAAGGGUGAAGCGAAGGUCAUCGUGUUCGGACUCAUUGGAGAGGGUGGUGAAGCUAGCAUCCGUGAGCGCGGUGGUGAUAUUUAGCUCGAGUAGUUGUUGCAUGUGCCAUGCAAUGAAGAGGUUGUUUUGUGAGCUCGGUGUGAACCCAACGGUGUACGAGUUAGACCAUGACCCUAAUGGAAAGUCAAUGGAGAAGGCUCUUUCCAAGCUUCUUGGGAAUUCACCCGCGAUUCCAGUUGUGUUCAUAGGUGGUGAACUGAUUGGCUCGAUGGAUAGAGUUAUGGCCUCUCAUAUUAAUGGAUCUCUUGUCCCUCUUCUCAAAGAAGUGGGGGCGCUUUGGCUUUAAUUUCAAAUAUUGUGAAUUUUAUCGAUGCAUGGGUGGCUCUAGGAUAACGCAAGUGAAAUCCACAAAUUCUAAAAGGAGCCAAAAUAUGAGGCACUAUAUAUUAUUUAUAUAUAAUAUAGUAUAAUUUUUGUGAUUAUAGUGAGUAACUAUUAAUACAUCUUCUUUUAUUAUUAAAUUAAA